AUGUAUUCAACAAGAUCACUGCUCGCGUUGACGGCGUCUUUCUCACGUCUUGCUGUGAGGCCUCAAAUCCCCCUUGCUUCCUCAUCAAGAUCAGUUUUACCCUCCAUUCCUGUGGUCUCGAGGGAGAUGAGAGGGUUCGCUUCUUCUUCCAAGUGUGAAGCUACUAUUCAACAGGUACUGAGAGGAGCACGUAAAUCCACGAAAAGAAAAUCGACAGUACCAUUACUAGAUAAUUGUUUCCAGAAAAAAGCAGUUUGCGCAAAAGUGUACACUACAAAACCACGUAAACCGAAUUCAGCAGUUAGGAAAGUAGCUAGAGUAAAAUUAAGUAAUGGUACUAUGACAACCGCUUAUAUACCUGGUGAAGGACAUAACUUACAAGAACAUAGUGUCGUUCUAGUUAGAGGUGGUGGUGCUAAAGAUUUACCUGGUGUGAGGUACAAGAUCAUCAGAGGCGCUCUUGAUCUGAAUGGUGUAGCAGGCAGAAUCUCAGCUAGAUCAAAAUUCGGUGUCAAGAAGGCUAAGAAGUAG